AGAUACAGCCAGGAACAGACAGACAGGAUGCGUAUGGACCUGGUGUGGCUGGCUGUGGUGUCUCUCUCCCUACCCCUGAUCUCAGAAUGCAAUCAGCUCUACAUUAUGUCAGCCCCUAACCUCCUGAGGGUGGGUACGCCAGAGAACGUGUUUGUGGAGGCACAGGACUAUACCGGUGGAGAUAUUGCCGUGCAACUUUUGGUGAAAGACUAUCCACGAAAGACCAGAACCAUAGUGUCCAAAAAUGUUGUUCUGACUGUGGCCAACAACUAUCAACUUCUAACAAGCAUAGAGAUUCCAAACUCAAAAGAUUUCUUUGAUGAAGAUCCCCUGGAGAAGCAGUAUGUUUACCUGCAGGCCCAGUUCCCUGGCAGUUUGCUGGAGAAAGUGGUACUGGUCUCCUUCCAGUCUGGCUAUAUAUUCAUUCAGACUGACAAGACCAUUUAUACCCCAGAUAACACAGUUCACUACAGGGUCUUCUGUUUAACACCUGCUUUACAACCUGCUGUAGGUGGGAUUUCGGUGGACAUUAUGACCCCAGAUAACAUUAUCCUUCACAGGGAAACAGUCUUUGCAAACAAAGGAGUUAAGUCUGCAACAUACAAACUGCCUGAAAUUGCCAGCCCAGGGACCUGGAAAGUAGUGGCUAGUUUCAUAAGCUCUCAACAGAAGAAUUUCACUGUUAAUUUUGAGGUUAAAGAAUAUGUUCUGCCCAGUUUUGAGAUUACCUUGGUGCCCAGAAACGCCUACUUCUACGCAGAUGAUCCUGAGCUCAAGGUCGAAAUAUUUUGCAAGUAUUUGUUUGGAAAGGAGGUGACAGGAACAGGUUUUGUAUUGUUUGGAGUGAUGCUCGAUGAGAAGAGAACUCUUCCUGGAUCCCUACAGAGAGUAGAGAUCAGAGAUGGCUUAGGUGAGGCUGUCCUAGAGAGAAAGCAUAUCCUACAAACCUUUCCUGACAUUAAACAGAUUAUUGGAAGGUCCAUAUACGUCUCUGUCAGUGUAUUAACACAAACUGGCAGUGAAAUGGUAGAGGCACAAAAGGGUGGCAUUCAGAUUGUGACAUCACCAUACACCAUUCAGUACAAGGGAACUCCCAAAUACUUUAAACCUGGAAUGCCAUUUGACGUCUCGGUCUAUGUAACCAACCCUGACCAAUCACCAGCAAAAGACGUUGAAGUGGUGGUUCAGCCUGGUGGAGUCACUGCUAGAACGAAAGCAAACGGGAUGGCAAAGGCUACAGUCAACUCCGAGGGAGGAUCCUCCAAACUGGACAUCUCUGUGAAGACUAAUCAUCCAGGCCUUCCGGAUGAGAGACAGGCGAGGAACAGCAUGUCUGCCUCUGCUUACACGACCAAAGGGGGCUCCAAAAACUACCUGCACAUUGGGGUAGAUGCCGCAGAACUCCAAAUCGGAGAUCAGCUCAAGGUCAACCUCAACCUGGGCAACAGUCCUGGAGUCCAGGAUCAAGAUUUCACCUAUAUGAUUCUUAGUAAAGGACAGAUUGUGAAAGUUAAGAGAUUUAAGAGGAAGGGCCAGGCUCUGGUGUCUUUAUCUUUAACAGUGACAAAGGACAUGGUUCCUGCUUUCCGUCUGGUGGCGUAUUACCACGUGGGCUCUUCAGAGGUUGUGUCUGACUCAGUCUGGGUUGACGUGAAGGACACCUGCAUGGGAACGCUGAAAGUGGAAGCUGUUCCUGCCAGGGACACAUACAGUCCUGGUAAACCUUUCAAUCUAAAGAUCUCUGGAGACCCUGGGGCCAAGGUUGGGCUGGUGGCUGUGGAUAAAGGAGUCUAUGUGCUCAACAACAAGAACAGACUCACCCAAACCAAGAUCUGGGACAUCAUUGAGAAACAUGACACUGGUUGUACGGCUGGUAGUGGUAAAGACAGUAUGGGAGUUUUCUAUGAUGCAGGACUGCUGUUUGAGUCCAAUACUGCAGGAGGCACUGCCUACAGAACGACACCACAGUGCCCCAGCCCCUCAAAGAGGAGACGUCGUGCUGUCACUAUUGUGGAGAUGACAAACAGAAUGGCGGGUAAAUACUCAGGCCUGUCAAAGCAGUGUUGUCUGGAUGGAAUGAGAGAGAAUAAACUGGGCUACACAUGUGAGAGGAGGUCAGAGUUCAUCAUUGAUGGGGACGAGUGUGUGAAGGCUUUCAUUCACUGCUGCAAGGAAAUGUCCACUCGCAAACAAGAGGCCAAGGAUGAACAGAUGCUUCUCGCUCGCAGUGAGGAAGAUGAUGACCUCUUUGUGGAUUCUGAUGACAUCACAUCACGUACUCAGUUCCCAGAGAGUUGGCUUUGGGAAGACGAACUGCUUCCUCAGUGUCCAGCAACUUCUAUUACCAAGAGCAGCUUCCUGAAAGAUUCCAUCACUACCUGGGAAAUCACAGCUAUCAGCCUGUCUCCAUCUCUUGGUAUCUGUGUGGCGAAUCAUUUACAGAUGGUUGUUUUUAAGUAUUUCUUCAUUGAUCUGAAGUUGCCUUAUUCAGCUGUGCGCAAUGAACAACUAGAGAUCAAAGCCAUCCUGCAUAACUACAAUGACUAUGACCUAGACAGGGUGCGAGUGGAGUUGAUAGAGACUGAACAUGUGUGUAGUUCUGCCAGCAAGAGGGGCAAAUAUCGCACAUAUGUAAAAGUGAAUAAAAUGUCUUCGCGUGCCGUGCCCUUCGUCAUCAUCCCGAUGAAGGAGGGAGAGCUCUCCAUCGAAGUGAAAGCCUCUGACACAGAAGGCCUCAGAGAUGGUGUCAGAAAAAAACUGCGUGUGGUGCCCGAAGGUGUACUAACCAAGGUUGAAGUGAAGAAUGUGGAGCUCAACCCAGUUAAACAUGGUGGUGAACACACUACAUUUCUCAGGAGUGAUAGACCAAGAGGUCAAGUGCCUGGCACCCCAGCUAGCACACACAUAUCAGUGACAGGUGAAGAGAUCAGCCAGACCCUUGAGCAGGCAAUCAGUGGAGACUUCAUGGGCUCCCUCAUCGUCCAGCCAGUGGGCUGUGGAGAACAAAAUAUGAUUUACAUGACCCUUCCCCUCAUCGCCACGCACUACCUGGACAACACCAAGCAGUGGGACCGUGUGGGACUGAACCGCCGAAACGAGGCCAUUAAACACAUCACCACUGGUUACCAGCGUGAGCUUGCCUAUCGUAAACCAGACGGUUCUUAUGCUGCAUGGAUCAAUAGAAAAAGCAGUACAUGGCUGACGGCGUAUGUAGCCAAAGUUUUUGCUAUGGCCAGCGACCUCAUCACUAUUCAGGAAAACGUGAUCUGCAGCGCCCUCAAGUGGUUGAUUCUGAAUGCACAACUUCCUGAUGGCAUGUUUAAAGAAGAUGCUCCUGUAAUCCAUGGGGAGAUGGUGGGCAACGUGCAAGGGAAAGAUGCUGAUGCGUCUCUGACAGCUUUUGUGCUCAUCGCUAUGCAGGAAGGCAGCAGGUUAUGUGAAAACAGCAUUGGUAGUCUUCCAAACUCUAUAGAGAGAUCUGUGAAGUAUUUAGAGCGCCGGCUGCCAUCUUUGAUGAAUCGUUAUGCUGUUGCGAUGUCGUCUUACGCACUGGCCAACGCAGGAAAACUUGAUAAAGACACUCUAAUGAGGCACUCAACUCAAAGACAAGAUGGCAUUUACUGGCAAGUCCCUGGUGGCCAUCAUUUCUCACUAGAGGCCACAGCCUAUGGCCUGUUGGCGUUGGUCAAAGCCAAAGACUUUCAAAAGGCAGGAGAGAUAGUUCUUUGGCUGAACAGACAGAAAACUCACUAUGGAGGAAGUGGCACCACACAGGCAACCAUUAUGGUGUUCCAAGCCGUGGCGGAAUACCGUGUGCAGGGGAAGAAGCUGCAGGAUGUAAAUCUGCAGGUGGACAUUCAGAUCUCUGGCAGACAGAAGCCUGUGAAGUGGACCUUUAACAAAGGAACCUCCCAAUUGGUCCGGUCUGAGAAGCUCCAGAUUGACCAGAACCUCACUGUUGUUGCCAAAGGAACUGGCAUUGGAGCUAUUUCAGUGUUGACUCUGUACUACGCCAAACCUGUUACAAAGAAGGAUGAAUGCAAAAAUUUUGAACUAGAAGUGAAAAUGGACAAACAAGCUGCUGUAUCUUACGCAGGAGCAUCUGAAACAUAUGAGCUCACCAUUGAAUUAUUUUAUAAGUCUACAGAAAAUGAUGCCACUAUGUCCAUUGUGGAUGUGGGUUUGCUGACAGGCUUCGUUGUGGACCAGAAAGAUUUGGCUGAGCUCAUGACUGGACGAGACAGGUACAUCCAGAAAUUUGAGAUGGAUAAACAGCUGUCAGAAAGAGGUUCCCUCAUCAUCUACCUGGAUAAGGUCUCUCAUAAGCACAGAGACAAGAUUGUUUUCAGGGUUCACGAAGUAAUAAAAGUGGGUCUUCUUCAACCUGCUGGAAUCACUGUGUAUGAAUACUAUUCUCCAGAUAAACGCUGUGUGAAGUUCUACCAUCCCGACAAGAAAGAAGGCCACCUUAACAGAAUAUGCCACAAAGAUGUGUGUCGUUGUGCUGAAGAAAACUGCAGUUCACAAAAGAGAGAGAGAGUGGACGACAGAGACCGUGAAGAAAAAGCUUGCAAUACUGGCAUGGAUUACGUUUACAAAGUUAUCUUGGAAACAACAGAAUUCACCGUUUACACAGAUGUGUACCGCAUGAGAAUUGAUAAAGUUGUGAAAGAAGGCACUGAUGCUGGUGUGGAGGGCAAGGUCAAGACAUUCAUAGCUCACUCUAACUGCAGAGAGACCCUCAGCCUGGAGAAGGGGAAGAGUUACCUGAUCAUGGGACAUUCCUCAGACUUAACGAAGACUGAGGGAGUAUGGCAGUAUUUACUGGGUGAGCAGACAUGGAUUGAGUACUGGCCCACUAGAGAGGAAGGCCAAACUCCAGAGUACAGAAAGAGGUAUACAGGCAUCGCAGGACUAGUCCACAUGCUCAUGUUCCGAGGAUGCAGCACAUAA